AACACUCAGGAAGCCAUCGUGCGGGGCCGGGAAAGAGCUCCCACGCAGUCACGGACCCCCACUCCGAGGGCCCGCGCAGUCCCCUCAGUGACGCGGGCGAAGCAGCCACGCCGUGGGGGAGGGCGGGGAGGGCGGCGGAGCCUCCCACUCGCGAUGACCCGGACCCCGCCCCACGUGUGGGCUCCUCGCAGGGUCCCCUCUGCGGCACACGGGGACCAGCUACCCCGCGGAGGACCGGGCAGGAGCGCGCGCCCGGGUCCGUGCAGUCCGCUCCGCGAGUCGCGGGGAGCAGUGGGGACGGGCCCCCACCCACGGGGUGGGGACCCCCGCGGGGGCCCACGCGGCGUUGCAGCAGGCGCAGAGCCCCCGGUGCCACCCGAGGCCGAGACAAAGCCAGGGCGCACGGCCCCCGGACCCGGACCCCGGACCCCGCGGAGCCCCGCUCGGAGCCGCCACGCCCGGGACAGAGACCCCGCCGCCCGCUGCGCCGUCUCACCUCAGGCCGCCGCCUCGCAGCGCUCGCUCCUCGCCGCGGCGCCUGGGCCGAAUGGAGCGCGGCGGAGCAGCCGACCGAGCCGCGGCCGCCUCAACAAUGGAGCCCCGGGGCGGGGCCGCAGCCUCAGCCUCAGCCUCAGCCCGUGUCCCUCGCUCGGGCUCCGGAUCCGCUCGCGGAGCUGCUGCCGGCGCGAGGUUGCGGCCGGUACCGACACCGCGCAGGCGCACAGAGCCCCGCCCGCCGCCUGCCGCCCCGCCCCCAGCGGAGCGCGCCCAGGGCCCGCCCCCCAGCCAAUAGGGAGCGAGCUGCCCGGAGAGGGCGGGGCCUGGGGGAAACAAAGGGAGGCUGGGCGGGGCGGCGCUGGGGCUGGGCUUGCGGGGUUCCGCGGGAGGGCGGGACCCAGAGCUGGCCAGAUCCUCGCCUCCUAG